CAUUAUAUUUCAGGCCUCGUCUCGUAAAUAAGACGACUGUAGUAGCUCUAUUUGUUAUCGGUUUUCACACAAUUAAAAGAAAAGUAAGCAAUCCCUCCGCCCGCACCGGCGUGUCGAUUUCCGUUGUCGAUUGGCUGAUUAGUCAUUCUUUAUUUGUGUGUCGGAUCGAACACCAGACUUUCUUUUUCCUCGUGAACCUAUUUCGCAACAAUGCCGAAACUCAUUCGUAAACGCCGGGCUAGUGUCAGAAGUGAUUCUAGUGACAAAAGUGCUUCGAGAAAACUGAUAAAACUGAUUGAAAACAUCGACCAACGCCUAAAAGUGAUGGAGAAGAAAGGCCGGUCAAUGUAUCGAAGGCCCUUAUCAUCUUCCCCGUCGGCUUCGUCAUCAAGUGGUUCGAGUCGUUCCCUAUCUCGCGACUCGCAGGUCUCCAGCUCUGAUGAGGAACGCCACCAGCGUGGCGACAGGGAACCACAGGCGACUAGCAAAAAGCCGGACGUUAUUACCGUUGAUGAGGGUUCAGGAAGGCAGGAGGAACAACAAACUUCAGCAGACCUUCCGUUGAGUGAGGACAUUCUCGAAAUAAUGGGAAAGGUUAACCCUGACUCUCUAGCAUGGGGACCCAUCUUUCACAAGGAUGUGAUAGUGCGGUGGCGAGGCAUUAUGGCUUCCGGAUUGUCUGAGGACUGUUUACAGGAAUUGUUUACCAAGUACCCUCCGCCCGAAAACUUUCGUAUAUUGACAGCACCACUCUUAAACCCUCAGGUUGAAAGAGUCCUGUCAGAAUCUCAUAGACUACGCGACGUAAAACUGCAAAACCUCCAACGUCAGUUGUCCACAAGUCUCACAACGAAUGGUCAACUUCUUAAUCUAAUUUUGACAGAAGAGGGGGAGGGGGCAACAGAAAAUACAUUCAACUACUGCAUGAUGCAGGAAGAUUGAUGACCAACAUUUGGCACACUCAAUUAAACACUCGAAGGGAGUUAAUCGAAAUAAAUUUAAAUAAGGAUUUCCAAGAAGCUAAUAAAGAAAUCCCAUGAGACACCUUACUUUUCGGCAGCGACCUGGAGGAGCGUCUUAAAAACAAUAAAGACUUGAUGCAAGCCACAAAAGCACUACUCAAAACUAAACAAACUGGGGCAAUCAACAAAACCACGUCAUUUCGCAGGUCGUUAAACUACAAAGCUCCACCCCGAUUUCAACAACAGGGAACGCGUCGGGGAUGGAGCCGUCAUUACCAACACGCUCCCACAACUCCCAGGCAGAGCAGGGUCCAGAACCACCAAAUCCCCAAGAAGACGCAACAACGCCGCCCUUAGAGGUCAGUACUCUAGCAGGUAGCCUUCACUUAUAUUAUCAUAAUUGGAAAGCUAUUACGACAAAUAAGACUGUGUUAGGUUGGAUCAAAGGACUAAAGAUCCCUUUUACAAGGCACCCUAAACAACAAACAGUAACACACAGGAGUUGGUCGGCCACUGAACAAGUACUUAUAGAAACUU